AUGUCCAACUCAAGCCCGGUUCACUGUAGGACUAUUGAGGACGUCCCGCUGCCAUAUCCCGCUUCCAAGCUCAUCAUCACCCAGCGUCUUCAAGCCUCACGAGAAUCACCCUUCUGGGCGUGGAUCAUUGUUGGCGCAUUCUACGACAGACAAGAUAACGUCCUCUGGAGCACUGAGAUCUUCGCUGGUCGGCUGGACAUCGAUUCGGACUCUGAAGACGAGUCUAUUGAUACUGAGUCUUUGGCGGAGAGUUAUACCGAGGAGAUAGCUUCUUCAGAUAUUCAUGCGCGCAAUGCUCUAUAUAACCCCCGUGUCUUCCACAAUUCUGACUCUCCUCAGACGUUUUCUCUUCCUACCAAGAACAAUCGUAUCAUAACAACCAAGCCUUGA